AUGAGUUCCGUAGCAAAGAGCGCUAGUCGCCUCAAAAAGAAGCAUCUUAAACCGAAACACCAGAAAGCAAAGCUGUUCCGCGCCAACGAGCCUCUGCUUAGUGUGUUCAUGUGGGGCGUAAACCACACGAUCAACGGUCUCACGCACGUCAACAUUCCGGUGAUGUUGAUGCCCGAUGACUUCAAGGCUUUCACGAAAAUCAAAGUCGACCAUCACCAUUUUAACAAAGAAAAUAUGCCAUCCCACUUCAAAGUGAAGGAAUACUGCCCUUUGGUAUUCCGCAAUCUUCGAGAGAGGUUCGGCAUCGACGACGGAGAAUACCUGAACUCAUUGACGAAAUCUCAAGCGGUCGCGAUAGAUUCGCCGGGAAAGAGCGGGGCCAAGUUCUACCUUUCGUACGACCGACGCUUCAUCAUCAAGACCCUCCUUACCGAGGAGGUGGAACAGAUGCACGUCCUACUCAAGCAUUACCACCCUUACGUGGUUGAACGGCACGGGAAAACGCUCCUCCCGCAAUACAUCGGAAUGUACCGGCUGACCGUUGAAGGCCAGGAAACGUAUCUCGUCGUUACGAGGAACAUUUUUUCCUCAUACCUACCCGUGCACGUCAAAUAUGAUCUCAAGGGCUCGACGGUGGAUCGUGACGCAUCCGAGAAAGAGAAGGAGAAAGAGUUGCCCACUUUGAAGGACAAUGAUCUGAUCAAAGACGGAACCAAAAUCCACAUCACCGAGGACGCGAAGGCCACCUUCAUGGAUAUGCUCAACGCCGACGUCACAUUCUUGGCAAAGAUGAACGUAAUGGACUACAGUCUAUGUCUAGGAAUCCAUGACUGCGAGCGGGCUGAGAAAGAGGAAAAAGAACGGCUGGAGAACGGUGGUGGAGAAUCGGAGGAGCGCGGGACGACAGAAGACGAAGCCGAAGAAGACUCACCGGCGUCGCCGGAGCUCCAGAUGCCGACACCUCCCGACUCCCCGGGCAGAAUCAGGUCGGGAGACAAUGACGCAGAUUUCGACCCGGAGGAGGAAGGGGGAGCCUUGAAUCCCAAGCGGGACAUCUACGCUAUCCAGUCAAGCGAUGACGCCCCCAAGAAAGAAGUCUAUUUCAUGGCUCUUGUUGACGUCCUCACGAACUAUGGCGUCAAGAAGCGCACAGCGCAAGCCGCGAAAACGUUGAAGCACGGUGCCGGAGCCGAGAUCUCAACCAUCCAUCCGGAGCAGUACGCGAAGAGGUUUCUGGAGUUCAUUUCCAAGGCACUCGAGUAG